AUAAGUUACGUAAGAAAAAAUUAAUGCAUAUUGUUGUAUUGGUUAUUGGAUUCCUGAUGUUGGUCAUGGGUGCUCAAAGGCGACGUAGAAGGUUUAUGAGAAAACAGCCUUCAAGAAGUGAAGUUGAUGAAAAGAAUUAUAGAAGGAUGCUUUGGAUGAGAGUCUUAGAACAUGAGUCUACUUGUUUUGAAUAGUUACGCAUGAAACCUGCUGCAUUUGAGAAGUUUUGUGCACUCUUACGGGAUAGAGGGGGAUUGGUGGUUACAAGGAAUGUCACAAUCAAAGAAGUUGUGGCUUUAUUUUUGCAUAUGCUAGGACAUAAUCUGAAAAUAAGUACUAUCAAAGCUAUCUAUGCCUGUUCAGGAGAAACUAUAAGUAGGCAAUUUCAUCAUGUUUUGCGAUCAGUAGUCAAGCUUGGGAAGUUAUACUUGAAGCAACAUGAGUUAGUUCUCAAUGAGCGAGACUCUGAGAAGUGGAGACGGUUUCAGGGCGCACUUGGAGCACUUGAUAGGACAUUUAUUGAUCUAAUGGUUUCUACCGAAGAUAAUCCAAGAUAUCGAAAUAGGAAGGGUGACAUUAGUACAAAUGUUUUAGGUGUUUGUGAUGCUAAUAUGAAGUUCAUCUAUGUAUUACCUGGUUGGGAAGGAUCUGCAGCAGAUUCUAGAGUUUUACGUGAUGCUUUGACUAGGCGUAAUGGGUUAAAAAUCCAAUCAAAUAAAUACUAUCUUGUGGAUGCUGGAUACACAAAUGGACCAGGGUUUCUAGCUCCUUAUCGUGGAACUAGGUAUCAUCUUAAUUUGUGGAGAGGAAACACCCAAGGGAUCACAAGGAGCUAUUCAAUCUUCGGCAUUCAUCGGCAAGAAAUACAAUUGAAAGAGCAUUUGGAUUAUUGA